AAUAUCGUAUCCCUUGGAUGGCACAGCUUGAUAUUUGUUUCUUUAUUGGCCAACAUAAUCAACCGCCCGAUACAAAAAAUUCCGAAACUUAUUAAUUUAUUGUUUCGACUCGAACAAGCAUAUUAGAACAUUAUUUACCCAGAGUAGGUGAGAGAAAGUGGUUUAUUCCAGGAAAAACAGGAAGUCAAUGCGCCCAAAUCAGCCAUAUUGUUGAGGCCUUUUCCGUUUGGCAAGAGAGUAAGCGACAUUUGUCCGGUGUAUGUACAUGCUAUCUAAUACCUGAAUCGAGUUUGACGGAAUCGAACAGAGAGGAGUGUCCAUGUGAAGUAAUUGUUGAGAAGGGGCUAUUGUAAUAAUCAAGAACAAGAAACAUUGAGUCAACUACCUCCACCUUUCUCACGUAUAUUCUCACCCUGCGAUUUGAUUGAUUGUUGUGAAUUCAUUUGAAGAUUGUGAGAGUGAGCUAAAAUGGCAGAUGCAGCCGGUGAUCAUGUUGACCCUGUUGAGGAAGAAUUGGAAGUUGAAUCAAACUAUAAACCUCCCCCAGAGAAAACGAUAGAGCAACUGCUCGAAGCCGAUAAAGAGGAUGAAAGUUUGAGAAAAUACAAGGAGACACUUUUGGGUGAAGCUCGGGCUGGCGGGGUGGUCAUUGAUCCCGAUGAUCCUCGCAAAGUAAUCGUAAAAAAAUUGGCACUGUGUGUUAGUGACAGACCCGAUAUGGAGCUUGAUUUAACUGGGGAUCUACGUCAGCUCAAAAAACAAACAUUCACCAUCAAGGAAGGUGUCAGCUAUCGCAUCCGAAUUGAUUUUAUUGUUCAACGGGAGAUUGUCCACGGUUUGAGAUAUGUACAAAAAACAUACAGGCUAGGAGUACCCGUUGACAAAAUGACCCACAUGGUUGGUUCUUAUCCACCAAAAACUGAAGUCCAAUCGUACACAACUCCACCGGAAGAUGCACCAGCAGGUGUUAUGGCACGGGGAUCCUACACUGUGAGUUCUUUAUUCACCGAUGAUGAUAAGCAUGAGCAUCUCAAGUGGGAGUGGUCAUUUGAUAUUAAGAAAGAUUGGAAGGAAUAACAAUUGUCUGUCCAUCUUGUGACUACUCAUUGCAAUCUUCAAGAUGAACCUUUUAAUACAAUAAAAGUUAAUUAUUGCUAAGCCAUCAAGUUUGUAGAAAUGGAUGCGUAGUGAAUCCAUUUUUUUCUUUGAUUCUUAAUUAAUUUAAUCUGAUGGUAAUUUGAUUUACCUACUACUCGAUUCCGAUAUGUAGAGACCAAGGCCAUACGGAUUUGUGUGCGUAUUUUCUUUCCUUUGAUGCCAACGUUCAAAUGUGAAUUACCUGUAUCUAUGUCUAUGGAACAAACAAAAGCUUUUAUUUGGGAGAGACCAAAUUUUGGAAAUUUAUUCCAGUAAUUAUCUCAAUUAUAGAAGUCAUUCAAUGAACUGAAUUGAGAAUAUUGCUACUAUCAAUUUCUAAUUUUCUUUGAUACUGGAGGGUUAAUUAACGAUAGAUUCAAAUAGAAAAUCUCUUUUAGCCAUGAAAAUAUGAGAUAAUAUAAGAAUAUACCAAUUUUUCUAGAAUAAAAUGUGAAAAUAUUUGUGUGAAAAUGUACAAGUUUUUGGUGCCUCUGGUAGCGUUUAUAUACGAUAUUCUCUGGCAGAAUUAGUCGAGUUAACAUACAGUGCCUACAUCCUACAUCAUACUCUCAAUGAUCAAUUUAAUACGUUUUUCCUCCUGAAUUUUUUUUUCCAAGCUAUCAAUGAAUUGUGAUUAUUGAGAAUCAUCCCAUAUAAGUGUCAUCGAUAUAAAACCUUUAGGACUGGUUGCACAAAGCCUAACUGGCUCACGUCACUCGUCACUUGAGGCUUUUCCAUGUAUUUUAAGGUGGAUUACUGAUGGCUCGUUGCUCGAUGUGGGCUUGGUGUAACCAACAAGCACUACGAAACACUGAGUAAAUUUUUACAUAAAGUAUUUGACAACAAUAUACAAUUUAUAACCAAUUUUUGAAGCCAAAAUACAUUAAUUGUACUCCAUCAAUGUAAAAUAUGUCGAAAUAAACGUUUUACAUGCUA